UGUAGAACUUGUCCAGUGGUCGAGUCCCCAACAAGUGGGCGGCAUUGGGAUUAUGUCCUUGCGGGCACGGAGCAGUUGGCCAAUCCCCGGCAAAUGAAGUGCGGCAGCAUUUGAUUAUAUAGCGACUUCCGAACCGCUUAACUUGGCUGUGAGAGUGCGCGAGUGUUUGCAUGUCUUGAGAGCCCCGAACAGGACACACCGGACCCACCUACUGAUUACGGCUCACAAUAGUGCUCUGCGCAACUUGCUCCUGUUGCCGCUGCUAUGAAGGCAACCUCCAUCAGCAGCUGCAGCAGUGCCGCCAGCAGCUGCAACCAACCGGAGCCGCUGGCGACUGGCGUCGGAUCCAGUGGGGUCAGUGGAGCUAGUGGUGCCAGUGGCGCCAGCACCUCGACGAAGCCGCAGCGCCUGAACAAGGUCUCCUUCGCACCGCUGGACCUUCCGUUUCCUAGCGGAGCCACGUGAUACGCGAAUGCGAAUGCCAGCACCAGCAUGCCGCACCACAACAUCGUCUGCGAGUGGCUGCGCACCAUUGGACUGGCCCACUACGGCGAGAGCUUCCUGGAGAACGGUUACGAUGAGCUGGAGAUCUGCAAGCAGAUUGGCGAGAUAGAUCUGGAUGCCAUCGGCGUCGAUAAUCCCUCGCAUCGUGGCAAGCUUCUGAAGAGUGUGCGGAUGCUGCGGGAGAAGGGAGCCGCCAUUGUCUAUGUCCUGAUCAACGAUCCCAAGGCUCUGAGCAGCAGCAACGAGAUCCUGACCUCCGACUGUGAUACGCCGGUGACCAUGAAGGAGCUGGAGGCGGUUAUGAAGCGACACCUUGAGGCGGAUGGCAUACGACUCACCGCCCAUCCGUACUCCACGCCCGAGGGCAAACGAGGCUACCUGGAGGGCCUGGCCGCCCACUACAGCAAGCAGAUCAACAUGCCGUACGACGACGUGCUGGACGCCAUCGAGCAGGUGCGCCUGUCCAAGUGGAAGGAGCGCCACGUGCGCAUCUCCACGGGGCACACGCUGUCCCGCCGGAUGGCUGGGCCCAGCUGCAGUGGAACGGGCCUGGUCAGCUCCUCGGUGAUGCCUACCAGCCACAGCCAGCCGCUCUAUGUGCCCGGCAAGUACUUGCCCUCCAGUUGCCUAUCAAAUCGCGAGGAGAACGAGAUCUACAGCUAUACGCAGAAUGAUUUGGCAAAUCGCAUGGCCCGGAACGCCAUCGACUCCAAGUCGGCUCUGAAUCUGAACGGGAUGCAGCACAGUUAUCCGGGAGCACGGACCAAUUUCUUUUACGACUUUUCGGCAACAGAGGGUCGGAACAAGCACAAGCAGCGGAGAACGGUCUUCCACAGGUUUUUGCAGGGCCUCCGGCAAAGUGGAGAUGAGCUGAACGCCACGGAGGGAAUGCAGUUGAAGACCAAUGAGCGCCUGAGAAACUGCAGCACGAUGAAACGACCGGAGCCGCAUCAGGACUUUGAAAAGACCAUACAGAGACUAAAGACACAGAAGGCGGCCCAGAAAAAGCCAGCCAGUGCACCAAUGGAAAUGGCCAUACAUGACCGGAACAAGGAGGUGGCCCACACUCAUGUGAACGAGAUGCCGCUCAAUAACUAUACAAAGCAUCCCUAGGAUUCGGCCCUAAGCAGCGCUGCUGCUUAGACCGAAUAUACAGGAUAACAAAAACCACACAUCACUCACUUAUAGAAAUUGUUGAAUCAAUCAUUAUUCUCAAUCAGGUGAUACACAAUGUUAAGAAAGGCAGGGUCAUAAUCUAAAGGAUGAGGCUAAAUAGUAAAGGAAAUAGAGCAGGCCAACGAAGCAAUAUUAAUGCAUUUAUAACUAACAAAUAGGAGGACAAAUAGCUAUAGGAAUCAUAGGACUAAUUGAGGAACCCAACCUGAUCACCAUCCGCACCCACUGUAUAGUCA